UUCAUUUGUCCAUUGUAUGACCUAUGAGUAGAUUUAAGACAUUUUUACUGGUUCUGUUUUUCUUGUGUAUGUGUGGGAGGACAAUAAGAAAAGCAGCCUGAGGUCCACACUUUCAUAUGUUAUGUGGGAGGAAAAAUCUAUCUCUUUCCUUUCUUAAGCAGGCCUGUUGCUGGGUGUGGAGUGGUGUCAUCAUUUGAAAGAAUGUGUGAGUGUAUGAUCCGUCUGCAGUUGGCUGUGUUUUGCUCCAUGAGUGUGUGCGUUUCUGUGUUUGAGGACUCAUGUUUCCUGGGUUUGUUGUAAAGUUAUGAGUGUGUCUCUACAAACAACUGCAGUCAUGUGACACUGAGCACUCACUGACUCACUCAGCCGCCGGUGCGUCCCCACAGAUCCCUAUAGAUUCCCUGUAUACUUUAAGGAAACAGCACGCUCACAAAUAGCAUUGUGUUGCUAUACGUUGAGGAAAUAGCUCCUUCACUUUCCAGAUAUCGCUCUUCUUUCAUUUCUUUUCUUUCUCUCUGUCUCUGAGCUGCAACAACCCCCCUUCCCCUCCUCCCUCCUUCUUCCCCUCUCCAUGAGGCCUCUAUACUCUGCCUUCCAGAGCUGGACUGGAGGCCUCUCUGUCCCGCGAUCUCAUUGGCUCAGCCCGACCACAUGGUCAAGGAGUGGGCCGCCCUGCUCCGCUAUCCGCCCAGCUCUCUGGGUGUUCACAUGGAAUAACUCUACAGCUGCAGUGGGUAGAGAGCAGGGGCCGGGAAAAAGACAGAGAGGGAGAGACAGCGAGCCCAAAAUGGACAUGGCUAACCUAUUCAAACACUUCUUUCGAAUUGGGAAGGUGAAGAGCAGAAAGGGAGGGAUGAGAGACACAGCCUCCAACGCCGACACAGAUAUGUAUGCAGAUAACGGGGAGAGGCUCUAUGACCUCAACCUGCCUGCCCUGGUCAAGUUCAGCUACACAGCAGAGCGCGAGGACGAGCUGUCGCUGGUGAAAGGCACGCGGGUGGUGGUGAUGGAGAAAUGCAGUGACGGCUGGUGGCGCGGCAGCUACAACGGACGCUCCGGCUGGUUCCCGUCCAACUACGUGACGGAGGACGUGGACGGGACGGCGGGGGGAGGGGGCAUGGGCGGGCUUGGUGACCCGGCCGGAUCGCUAACGGAGAAGCUGGCCGCGGUGGUGAACAGCACUACGAACGGAAACCGAGUGCUGCACACGGUCCAGGCGCUCUACCCUUUCAGCUCAGGCAACGACGAGGAACUAAACUUUGAGAAGGGCGAGGUAAUGGAGGUGGUGGAGAAGCCCGAGAACGACCCGGAGUGGUGGAAGUGCCGCAAAGCGGACGGACAGCUGGGCUUGGUGCCUAAGAACUACGUCACUGUGCUGGACUCCACCUCCCAUAAACCCACAGCAGGGCCUGCUGGGCCGCCCACACCUGACUGUGACUACAUCUCGCCCUCAGGCAGCGGGCGUUUUGCGGGGAAAGAGUGGUACUAUGGGAAGGUGACGCGCCACCAGGCAGAGGUGGCCCUCAAUCAGAGAGGCACGGAGGGAGACUUCCUCAUCCGAGACAGCGAGUCAUCACCAAACGACUUCUCCAUCUCCCUGAAGGCGCAGAGCAAGAACAAGCAUUUCAAAGUGCAGCUGAAGGAAAACCUUUACUGCAUCGGACAGCGCAAGUUCAACUCUAUGGAAGAGCUUGUUGAACACUACAAAAAGGCCCCCAUCUUCACCAGUGAGCAGGGAGACAAACUGUACCUGAUCAAGGCCCUGGCUGCCUCCUGAUCCAUCUCUCACACACACUCACACCCUGAGACACACACACACACACACACCUUACACAUUGUUAACAGCAUCCAUAUAUAAUACAGAUACUUACACCAGAACACACACUAACAUUUCAGCUCCAAGCCUGAAGACUUAACACAUCAUCAGGACUUAAAUGCCCGAUUUGUGAGCAUUCCAAGAGGAGGUAUGGAAAAAGCAUGGGAGAGACGUGGUGGGGGGAGACAAAAAAAAAAAAGACUAUGGACUCCUGAGAGUUGACUACAGACUUCUUGGUCGCCUAUUUUAAAUUAUCCAGAUGUGUUAGGUUAUAGGCAAUGCCAUGUAUUUCCACCUUGAUAUCUAUUAGAGUUGCAUUUAGUUUUCUUUUUUUUUUUUUUUUUGUUGAUAAUAUAUAAUCUUUUUAACAGUUUCUUUUAAAAAUGUGAUUUUUUUUUUUUUAAAUGUAUACAAUACACCACAACCACCCAACUGAGGCAUUUUUGUUUUUCAGAUGUUAGCAAAUUCAGAGCCUAGAGAUCUACAUUUCACUUUUUUUUGUGUGUGUGUUGUCCGUCUUAACGCUUUCUUUCGUGGUUGUGGACACACUAAUCCACAACUUCUGCUAAUCAUGAAUAAAAAUUAAGUGACCAAAAUAUAUUUAUUGAUACAGUUCUGUUAGGAUCGAUGUUGUAGAGAUUGGAAUAUCACACUGUGCAUCUGUUUGUUUUUUUCGAGGAUCUGGAGGGUUCCUCUUCUCGUGCAAAGUCAAACUCAUCUUGCUUUUUGUACAACAGAACUGCUUGUCUCACAUAUUGCUGUAUCCACAUCAUGUGAAUGUUACAAAGCCGAGGCAUCACAGACAGUGGGGGGCUCUCGAUCCCAUGACUUUGCAUGGAUGCACGCAAACCGAAUAGUGUCCUAACGCCUUCCUUGUAUCUCCCAAAUGAGGGGACCGACUGUCCACAUGGGGGAGAGUUUAUUUGUGCAUGCAAAGGAGUCAAAAAGUAUUUUUUCUCCCCCCUCCCUCCUCGUCUUGAAACUUUGCCGAUGCGUCUUCCCAAUGUUGCCAAAGGGGACGAUUCUCAGGAUGGAGGGCGGCGAGGUAGGGGUGAGGGGGAUGCACGCUGACAACAGCUUCCAAACAAACAGCUCCGUUGAGCUCGGAGGGGAAAUGGAGGGCCAGUCCUCGGGAUGAUGUCACCGCUCCUGAGUUAGUGAUCACUGGAGGGGAAUGGAGGAGUUAAGGGGUCAUGCAGGGGUCGUGUUUGUGUGGUUGCAAAGCCUAUACAUCAUGCUGGGAGACGCCCUCUUCCUUAAGCAGACACGGGGGAUUUUCUGAAAACAAUUCCUUAUGGCGAAUACAGAAGAAAGAACCCGGUCUAAAUGAGCGUUCUGUUUGAUAUUUGUGCUUUUGUUACCACGACUAAUACACCCAGGAGUGAGUUUGAAUGCCUAUUAAGUCUCAGUUUGGUCAAUGUCAAGUUAGAAAACGGCGCAUCUACUAAAUGUUUUCAGCCGCACACAUGGUUUAUAUUCACAGUAACGGUCUCUAGUGAAAGGCUAUUUGUUGAGUGAAAGUGGACCAAGCAGUGUUUGAAUGGUGAAGGGCAGCUAGCUGCUAUUGCUUGCAAUCAGAGCUGCAGCAGCGUUGGCAGGGAGCCGCUCCGGCAGCGGGCUCAGGGAGAUGAUGAUGAUCGCGAUGCCUGCGAUGAUGAGUUCUCCAGCUGUGGCCAGUUGGACCCGAGCACAGAAAAAGAGAGGGAGAGAGAGAGAAAGAGAGAGAGGAAGAGGGGAUUUCACAGAGGAGGGAAGGGGGAAAAUGGACAUUAGGAAAUAAAAGCAGUAAAUUAGGAACUAGGGAGGAGACUUUGGAGAAUCUGUUCCACUGGAUAAGAGUAUCUGGAAAACCACGCCCGGUCAUAUAAGAGCAGGGACGUGAACGGAGGCCAACGCUGAUGUAUCAUAGCAGAGAAUAAGAAAAAGGAUUUUACAUGGGAGUGAUUUUCAGAAGGACUUUUAAGGUCUAGCUAAUCCAAGCAUGAACAAAACAAAAAAAAAAAGAACAAGCACAAACAUGGGUGUGAACCUUCUUCCCCUCCAUUCCCCACGUGAUUGACACCUAUUCACGCACGAGCUGUGUGUGUGAAGACUGUGUUUUCUCUGUUUUGCGGCUGUAAAAUGCGAUUCGCCAACAUUGAAACGAUUACCUUUCAGUUGGAUUUACGAUGGGUUCAAAGGGCAAGUGCUAAUUUUACCCUACCAGUACCAGUUGAAAUCUGAUUUCAGUAAGAUUGCGUCUUAUUAAGCAGUACAAAAACAACAUUCCAGCAUUUAAAAAAGCAUCUGACAGGAAUAUUUAACACAAACACACGGUCGAAGGAGUAAAUUGCAAGAUUGUUUGUCGGCAUGGCUUGAGUGAUUUUUAUGUUUUGUUGAAUGUGGGUUCCAAAUCUCUAAAAAGAAUGAUUUUAAUUUUGCCAUCAUUUCAAGUUGCAUCGGAUGUUCUAGUGCCUGUAUUCCCUUCAUUUUCAUUCACCAGAUUAGCGUUUGGGUUGAAAGAAUCCUGUCAUUUAUUACACCCAAAUCCCUGGAUGUUGCAUUGUUGCCAUUUUUGCUGACACUUUAUGUGAUAAUGUUUGCUUACAUUUGUAAUCAGCUGUGAUCAGCAACCCCCUUUUUUUUUUUUUUUCCUUCUUUUUUUGGCAAAAUUUCCUCCCUGACUUCCAGUUCUACAGCAUCUGCGAUAUUACGCAGCAUUAAAGUGACAAACGCCAACGCCAUGUGCCCCAGUUUGAAGGAUUUAGGAGGAGAUUUUAAUGUGCCUUCACAGCUUUUUGUCAACCAAAGGUUUAGUGUCCUGUUUUCCCUUUUUCUGUCCCCGUGCUUCCCACUUCUCUUGUCACCGCUAUUUGGUUAAAGCUUUGCAUGUGCGUCAGUUGAGUGAUUAGUGAGCGACGUGUCGGGGUGUCUGAAAACAUCCGUAUAGGGAUACGCAUUUCCUCAUUAAGCACUCACUUUGAUGUAGGCUGGCAAUUUCAUUCUUUUCUUUUUUUUUUCUUUCUCUCCGUCAUGCAUAAAAUGCCCGUUAGUUGAUAUUGUGUGUAGUUUCAAGUGACCUUACCAUAGCAGAUUUCAUCAAGUAUAACUUCUUAAGUGAACAGUGAAUGCCUACAUGUACAGUAUAAAGAUAUGUGCUGAUGUUCAUUCAGAAACAUAACCCCAGGUGUGAUGUAAUCAUGACCUGAAUCUCAUGUUAUGGGCACCUCAAGUAACGGUAUCACAUAUUGUUGGUUGUGAAGGAAACUGUCAUGGUUUCUGAGGAUAUAGUUUUUUAUGUCUGUAUGUAAAACUAGUGUAAGACAUUCACUUUUGCAGUUUAGCCACUUAAAUAUGUAAAAAGAAAAAAAAAAUCCUCAAUACUUAAAUGUUUUACUUGAUAUUCAAAUACAGAACUACAGUAUCUCCCUGCAUAGAUAUUGUUACUGGGAUCUUUUUUCAUUCUACAACAACGGAGGCCGCAUGAGCAGAGCCUUGUAGCUUGUACAGAAAUGGUUUUCAAUCUGCAUAAAAAAAAGACACGGAAGUCAGUUGUGACAGAUAUUAUCAAGAGAUUGCCUAUCAAACUACUCUUCAGUGAUCAAGAACUGCGCCGCAGUGGAAACCAGGUUUCUCGACUGCUACACAAAGCCUGAGAUACUCUUUUGAAUCUUUGCGUUCAGAUUUCGUUGAUAAUGUUCCGAUCAAGUGGCCCGUGUUUUUGACUUUGGUGCUUUUGUGCUGCUUACAUUUCUAUGGUGUUCUUUGUCUCACGAAGCUUUUUUCUGUAUGAGAGAGUGAAGAAAACAGAUUCAUGCUGUGGAAUGAUUAAAAAAAAAAAAAACAACAAGGCAGUGCUGUGAAAAUUUAAUGUCAUGCUCUUAAUACUGUUUUUAUGGAGGGGAGAUGAUCGUCUUCAGGUGUAAUAAUUUAGAAGAGUUUAUUAGAGUGUUCAAAAGACGUAAUAAACGGCAUAAAAAGGA